CGGGCCUGGGGGCCAGCCCCAGUGAGUGUGAUGGAGCGUCCCCACUCCUCCAGGUUUCCAGUGCCCCGCCUCCCCGAAAAGCCUGCUGGGCAGACUGUGGCUCGUCCUACCACCUCCCGCCACCCCUUGGGGCGGGACCACAUCCAUCCGUGGGGUCUGCACCUUCAAGUCAGGGGACUAAAAAAACACGAAAGAGCAGACGUUUCCAGGGAGGCGAGAUGGCAGCUGGGCCAAAUGGGCUGGAGGAGUGGGUGGGCAGCGCAUACCUGUUUGUGGAGUCCUCGCUGGACAAGGUGGCCCUGUCAGACGCUUACGCUCAUCCCCAGCAGAAGGUGGCGGUGUACAGGGCUCUUCGGGCUGCAUUGGCAGAGAGCGGGAGCCCUGACGAGUUGCAGAUGCUCAAGAUCCACCGCAGCGAUCCGCAGCUGAUUGUGCAGCUGCGUUUCUGCGGACGCCAGCCCUGCGGCCGCUUCCUCCGCGCCUACCGCGAGGGGGCGCUGCGCGCCGCGCUGGAGGGCCGCUUGGCCGCAUUGCUCACCCUGUACUCGGUGCCUUUGCAACUGGAGCUGCGCGCCGGCGCGGAGCGGCUGGACGCCUUGCUGGCAGAUGAGGAGCGUUGUUUGAGUUGCAUCUUUGCCCAGAAGCCUGACCGGCUCCGGGACGAGGAACUCACGGAGUUGGAGGAUGCGCUCCGGAAUCUGACUUUUGGCUCAGGGGGCCAGGGUGGCAACGUAAAGGUAGCUCCAGCCCCCAUGCAGUCCCUGGCCCCAUCUUCGUUGGAGAAGCCACCGCCACCGCCGCCAUCUGGCCAGACUUUUAUGUUCCAGGGCCAGCCCAUAGUGAACCGGCCAAUAAGCCUGCAGGACCAGCAGACGUUUGCGCGCUCAGUGGGCCUCAAAUGGCGCAAGGUUGGACGCUCCCUGCAGCGUGGCUGUCGCGCACUGAGGGACCCAGUGCUGGACUCCCUGGCCUACGAGUACGAGCGCGAAGGGUUGUACGAGCAAGCCUUCCAGCUACUGAGGCGCUUCGUGCAGGCCGAGGGCCGCCGCGCCACGCUGCAGCGCCUGGUGGAGGCGCUCGAGGAGAAUGAGCUCACCAGCUUGGCAGAGGACUUGCUGGGCUUGGCGCAUCCCGAUAGCGCCCUGGCCUAGGCUGGGUACCAGACACAAGGACGGUCAGCCAGUUGCCCAGCCAGGGUUUGGAGCACCUGGAUGACUCUAGGGUCCCUUCUUGCUGCUACGGCUGCCCUGUCCAUUCACAGGACUUACAACCCUACUUAGUGGCGCUGCUGGGCAGAACUGACUGCCUUCUCCAGGAGUCAGACAGGCACCCACCAUGCCUGCUGGGGUGCCAUUGGGGAUUCCACCCCAGAUACUAUGAUAGGGACAGAGUGUGGGGGUGAUCUGCUGCAGAGGCCGGCCUCAACUCACCUAUCCCAGAAGGGGGGCUUUUGGCCAGCCCUUACCUCUUCUCUCAUUGCACAAUCACUCAUUAGGCACCUGCUGUUGUUUUAGGCAUCAUCCUGGGUGCUACAAAUACGUUGGUGAACAAGACAGCUCCCAGUUCACACUCAAUAUGGGACUCCAAGUAUUAAGCAACAGUAAUAAAAUGUUACCUGUU